CACGGGCCCUUCUUUCCGCCCCAGGUCCUUUUGGAAAAGUAUAAAUACGUAGAGAACUUCUGCUUGAUCGACGGGCGCCUUAUCAUCUGCACCAUCUCCUGCCUCUUCGCCAUCGUGGCUUUAAUAUGGGAUUACCUUCACCCCUUUCCGGAAUCGAAGCCGGUGCUCGCCGUCUGCGUGGUGUCGUAUUUCGUAAUGAUGGGAAUUCUGACCAUCUAUACCUCAUACAAGGAGAAGAGCAUCUUUCUGGUAGCGCACAGGAAAGACCCCACGGGAAUGGACCCCGACGACAUCUGGCAGCUUUCCUCAAGUCUGAAAAGGUUUGACGACAAAUACAGCCUGAAGAUGACAUUCAUCAGUGGCCGAAGCAAGCAGCAGAGGGAGGCCGAAUUCACCCGCUCCAUCGCCAAAUUCUUCGACAGCAAUGGGACCUUAGUCAUGGAAACCUUUGAGCCCGAGGUCUCCAAGCUCCACGACAGCCUCCUGAUGGAAAAGAAGCUCAAGUAGGCUGCUGGCCACCUUCCCACUUAGAUCAUGCUGAGCUUUCAAAGUCAAUAAAAAGCAAUCAAAGCCAC